AACGACAACAUGUCGACGACCCGAACCUACAUCCAGUGCACCGCCGCCAUCAGCCGGCAGGCCGGGCACCGCAUCGGCGAGUACCUGGAGAAGAUCAUCCCCCUGGUGGUGAAGUUCUGCAACGUGGACGACGACGAGCUCAGAGAAUACUGCAUCCAGGCCUUCGAGUCCUUCGUCAGGAGGUGUCCUAAAGAAGUUUACCCCCACGUUGCCACAGUGAUCUCCAUCUGCCUGCGCUACCUGACCUACGACCCCAACUACAACUUCGACGAUGAAGAUGAGGACGACAACGCAAUGGACGCCGAGCAGAACGACGAAGACUACCAAGGAAGUGAUGAUGAGUACAGUGAUGAUGAUGAUAUGAGCUGGAAGGUUCGUCGUGCGGCGGCUAAAUGUCUCGAUGCUGUCGUUUCGACUCGCCACGAAAUGCUUCCCGAGUUUUAUCGCUCCGUCUCUCCCGCACUCGUCUGCCGCUUCAAGGAGAGGGAGGAGAACGUGAAGGCGGAUGUUUUCCACGCCUACCUGUCGCUGCUCAAACAGACGCGCCCGGCUCAGAGCUGGCUGACCGACCCCGACGCCAUGGAGCAGGGAGACACGCCGCUCACCAUGCUGCAGAGCCAGGUCCCUAUGAUCGUGAAGGCUCUCCACAAGCAGCUGAAGGAGAAGAGUGUGAAAACUCGUCAAUGUUGUUUCAACAUGCUGACGGAGCUCGUUAACGUUCUGCCCGGAGCGCUGACCGCCCACAUCCCUGUACUAAUACCAGGCAUCAUCUUCUCUCUGAACGAUAAGUCGAGCAGCUCGAACCUGAAGAUCGACGCUCUGUCCUGCCUUCACGUCGUCAUGGUUACGCACCCGGCGCACGCUUUCCACGCUCACGUUCCCGCGCUCGUCCCGCCCGUGGUGGCCUGCGUGGGAGACCCCUUUUACAAAAUCACCUCUGAGGCGCUGCUCGUCACCCAGCAGCUGGUGAAGGUGAUUCGCCCUCUGGACAGCCUACCAGAGAGCUCGGACAGCUUUGACCCCUCCCCCUACAUCAGCGACCUGUUCACCUGCACCAUCAAACGCCUGAAGGCCGCCGACAUCGACCAGGAAGUGAAGGAGCGCGCCAUCUCCUGCAUGGGACAGAUCAUCUGCAACCUCGGCGACCGGCUGCCGGCUGAACUCCCCGGCACGCUGCUGAUCUUUUUGGAGCGUCUGAAGAACGAGAUCACCCGACUGACCACGGUGAAAGCUCUGACUCUGAUCGCCGGCUCUUCUCUGAAGAUCGACCUCCGGCCCGUCCUCCCCGACGCCGUGCCCAUCCUCGCUUCCUUCCUGCGCAAAAACCAGCGAGCUCUGAAGCUUUGCACGCUGGCAGCGCUCGACAUCCUGCUCAGGAACUACAGCUCCGCGGUGACCCCGGUGAUGGUGGACGCGGUGCUGGCCGAGCUGCCCCCCCUCAUCUCAGAGAGCGACAUGCACGUGUCCCAGAUGGCGCUCAGCUUCCUGUCCACGCUCGCCGUCACGCACCCCUCAGCGCUCGGUCAGCUGAGCGGGGGGAACAUCCUGCAGCAGCUCAUCGCACUGGUUCGAUCCCCGCUGCUGCAGGGGGGGGCGCUGUCCGCCAUGCUCGACUUCUACCAGGCGCUGGUGUCCACUGAGACCCCCGGCCUCGGCUACAUGGACCUCCUGAGGAUGCUGACGGGUCCGGUGUAUUCCCAGAGUGCCGCGCUGCCUCACAAGCAGGCGUACUGCUCCAUCGCCAAGUGUGUGGCCGCGCUGACGCGAGCCUGUCCUGACGAGGGGCCGGCCGUGGUGGGCCAGUUCAUACAGGACGUGAAGAACAGCCGCUCCACGGACUCCAUCCGGCUGCUCGCUCUGCUCUCAUUGGGCGAGGUGGGACACCAUGUGGACCUCAGCAGCCAACCAGAGCUCAAGACCGUCAUCCUGGACGCCUUCUCCUCCUCCAGCGAAGAGGUGAAGUCAGCAGCAUCGUACGCUCUGGGCAGCAUCGCGGUGGGGAAACUUCCGGAGUAUUGCCCCUUCGUCCUGCAGGAGAUCACUUCCUCUAAGAGACAAUACCUCUGGCUGCACUCCCCUCAAGAGAUCAUAUUUUCUGCUCACCUGACCGACAACCAACCAACCAACCAAUCACAGGGCAUCUUCCAGCUGGCCACGCCCCUUUCACGCAACCAUGACAUCUUCACCAUGCGCCAUCUCUGA